AUGAGACUUACUCAGGCUGCAGCAGCAGCUGCUUCGCUCGUUCCUCUAGUCGCAGCUUCUUGCGACUACGUUGGAGGAAACUACUACUGUUCGGAGACCGACGCCGUCGUGUACUCCAACGUCGGGUACUCCGGCUCCUACAUGGACGUCACCAACAUGGACGAGUCCACAUGUGCGUGUACCCAGGAGUCCGUUUCCUUCGAGGGUUCCAUGACUCCCCUAGAUGAAGAACUGAGUGUUCACUUCAGAGGUCCUUUAGAGUUGCUGCAGUUUGGUGUUUACUACCCAUCCUCCGGCGCCUCAUUGAAGAAGAGAGGCCAGGAUUGCGAUGUCGCCAAGCGUCAUCACGAGCACAAGAGAGAGGCCGCUGUUGCCUACGUCGAGGUUACCUCGACUUUGUACGUGGACGCCAGCGGGUCCCCAGUGACCUCUACCAACCCAUCUGCUACCGCCAUUGUUGCCACCUCCUCUUCUUUGGCCCCAGCCUCAUCUGCCGCUCAAGAAAGCUCCCAAACCUCGAGCUCCUCAUCUUCCUCCUCCUCCGCGUCGUCUUCUGCGUCGUCUCAAACUUCUUCUUCGUCUGGCUCUGCCGCAGGCUCUUCCUCUUCUAGCUCCAGCGCUUCCUCUUCCAGCUCCGGCUCUUCUUCCUCCGGGUCUGGUUCUGGAUGGAACAGAGUUUCUUACUACACCCCUGGCUCCGCCACCAACUUGACUUUCAUGAACCACCAGGGUGGUACCGCCGGUUCCGGUACAUGGUCCGCCUGCUUUGGCAACUCCAUCUCGUUUGCCGCCUCCGAUGGUGUUUCGGGUGCUAGCUCCGCCCAGGCCUUGGACCAAGUGACCUUGGCCUCUAACAAGGAGUACAUGAUCUUCUCUGGUGUCGACUGCUCAGACACUUCUUCCGGUUCUUGCGGCCACUACAGAGACGACAUUCCCGCCAAACACGGCUUUGGCGGUGCCACCAAGAUGUUUGUCUUUGAAUUUAAGAUGCCCCACGACUACUCUUCCAGUUACAACUCUGAUAUGCCCGCCAUCUGGAUGCUGAACGCUAAGGUCCCACGUACGCUACAAUACGGUGACUCAACCUGUUCCUGCUGGAGCACGGGCUGCGGUGAGCUCGACCUGUUUGAGAUCUUGAGUUCCGGCAGUGAAAAACUCAUCACACACUUGCACGACGGCCAAGGCAACGACGGUAACAGCCAAGGCGGCGGCGGUACUCAGGACUACUUCACGAGACCAACCUCUUCCAGCUUCAAGGCCGCAGUGAUCUUCGACGGCUCCGACAAGACUAUCCACGUUGUCAAGGUUGACGACGACUUCAGCUCCACCUUGAGCGCCAGCACUGUGCAGAGCUGGCUAGACAAGAGUGGCUCUACUGCUCAGCUAUCCUAG